AACACUUUUUAGAGAGAGAGAGGGAUCGUUUUCUUCUUCUUAAAGGCUAGGGUUUUCGAGGAGUUACAGCAGCUCCUGUUGUUGUUGGACUGGAAAUUAGGGUUAGGGUAUUUGUUUUCCCUCCGUGAUUCGAGGAUGUUACUCUCUAUACAGAGCGACGCUAGGCAGCAGCAACAACAAUUGCUGGGGUGCGAUGGCGUUGGCAGCAGCAGGCUGGUUCCAUUCAGUUCUGAUCUUGAAGAAUCCUUUCUUUGUCAGCAAGAAUCUUGCUUGACUCAGCAAUCUUUGCAUACCAGUGAUUUACGAGAUGCUAACGAAGAGAAUCUCCUGGCCCUUGCUCACCAAAAGUACAAAGCUUUGAACUAUAAGCAGGCUCUUGAGCAUAGCAAUGCUGUUUACGAGAAAAAUCCACAGCGCACCGAUAAUCUUCUUCUCCUUGGGGCUAUUCAUUAUCAGUUGCAUGAUUUUGAUAUGUGCAUUGCAAAGAAUGAAGAAGCAUUGCGCAUCGACCCACAUUUUGCUGAGUGUUUUGGAAAUAUGGCAAAUGCUUGGAAGGAAAAAGGAAACAUUGAUCUCGCCAUUCGCUAUUAUUUGAUUGCUAUUGAGUUGCGCCCUAAUUUUUGCGAUGCCUGGUCAAAUUUAGCCAGUGCCUACAUGCGAAAAGGAAGAUUGAAUGAAGCAGCACAGUGCUGUCGUCAGGCCCUUACCCUGAAUCCCCGCCUGGUUGAUGCUCACAGCAAUCUAGGGAACCUAAUGAAGGCGCAAGGUUUAAUUCAAGAAGCAUACAACUGUUACUUGGAGGCUCUGAGGAUACAACCAACUUUUGCCAUUGCUUGGUCAAAUCUUGCUGGUUUAUUCAUGGAGGCAGGAGAUUUCACCAGAGCUCUUGCGUACUACAAGGAGGCAGUUAAGCUGAAACCAACAUUUUCUGAUGCCUAUCUCAACCUUGGGAAUGUUUACAAGGGCAUGGGAAUGCCUCAAGAGGCUAUUAUGUGCUAUCAGCGAGCUAUUCAGGCCAAGCCAGAUUACGCAAUGGCUUUUGGCAAUCUUGCGAGUAUUUACUAUGAACAAGGCCGAUUGGAGUUAGCUAUCAUCCAUUACAGGCAAGCCAUUGCUUGUGAUUCAGGAUUUUUGGAGGCAUAUAAUAAUCUUGGCAAUGCUCUCAAAGAUGCCGGUAGAGUGGAAGAAGCAAUCAGUUGUUAUCAGUCUUGCCUUGCCUUCCAGCCUAGCCAUCCACAAGCUCUUACAAAUCUAGGCAACAUAUAUAUGGAGUGGAAUAUGAUGAGCACUGCUGCUACAUUCUACAAAGCAACUUUGGCAGUGACCACUGGAUUAUCAGCUCCUUAUAGUAACUUGGCAAUAAUAUAUAAACAACAGGGAAAUUAUGCAGAUGCAAUAUCUUGCUAUAAUGAGGUUCUUCGUAUUGAUCCUUUGGCAGCUGAUGGGCUUGUCAAUAGGGGAAACACGCUGAAGGAGAUUGGUCGAGUUAGUGAAGCAAUUCAAGAUUACAUACGGGCUGUUACAAUUCGACCGACCAUGGCUGAGGGCCAUGCGAAUCUCGCUUCAGCUUAUAAAGACAGUGGUCAUGUGGAAGCUGCUAUUAAAAGUUACCAGCAGGCAUUGCUCCUGCGUCCUGAUUUUCCAGAGGCCACUUGUAAUCUUCUACACACUCUACAGUGUGUCUGUAAUUGGGAAGAUCGUGAGAACCAGUUCAAAGAAGUUGAAGCAAUCAUAAGGAGGCAGAUACAGGUGUCAGUGCUCCCUAGUGUGCAACCUUUCCAUGCAAUAGCAUAUCCCAUAGAUCCAAUUCUAGCUUUAGAAAUUAGUAAGAAGUAUGCAGCACAUUGUUCUGUGAUUGCAACCCGCUAUGGCCUUGCAUCCUUCAGUCACCCCCCUCCCCUUCCUGUAAAGAGCGAGGGUAGAAAUGGUCGUCUCAGGGUGGGCUACGUGAGCAGCGACUUUGGUAACCACCCACUAUCGCAUCUGAUGGGCUCAGUAUUUGGCAUGCACAACAGGGAAAAUAUUGAGGUCUUCUGUUAUGCUCUUAGCCCGAAUGAUGGUAGUGAAUGGAGGCAACGUAUCCAAUCGGAAGCAGAGCAGUUUGUUGAUGUUUCGUCCAUGUCAUCUGAUUUGAUCGCUAAUAUGAUCAAUCAGGAUAAGAUACAGAUCCUUGUCAAUUUGAAUGGAUACACGAAGGGGGCAAGGAAUGAAAUUUUUGCGAUGCAGCCAGCACCCAUUCAAGUUUCAUACAUGGGAUUCCCCGGGACUACAGGUGCAACUUACAUCGACUACUUGGUUACAGAUGAGUUUGUUUCCCCUACACGCUUCGCUCAUAUUUACUCGGAGAAGCUUGUCCACCUCCCUCAUUGUUACUUUGUCAAUGAUUAUAAACAGAAAAAUCGGGAUGUUCUGGAACCAGUUUGCCGGCAUAAACGAUCAGACUAUGGAUUGCCAGAAGAUAAAUUCCUAUUUGCUUGCUUUAAUCAACUGUACAAAAUGGACCCUGACAUCUUCAAUACAUGGUGCAACAUUCUUAAGCGUGUACCCAGUAGCGCUCUUUGGCUUUUGAGAUUUCCAGCUGCAGGAGAGAACAGAUUGCGAGCAUAUGCGGCUGCGAAGGGUGUACAUCCAGACCAAAUCAUCUUUACUGAUGUUGCUGUGAAGAAUGAGCACAUCCGUCGCAGUGCUCUAGCUGAUUUAUUCCUCGACACGCCCUUGUGCAAUGCUCAUACGACGGGCACGGAUGUACUAUGGGCUGGUCUGCCUAUGAUUACAAGGCCUCUUGAGAAAAUGGCCACUAGAGUUGCAGGGUCACUGUGCCUGGCUACUGGAGUAGGAGAGGAGAUGAUCGUGGGGAGCCUGAAGGAAUAUGAAGAGAAGGCUGUAUUCUUUGCGGAGAAUAGACCAAGGCUUCAAGCUCUUACCAACAAACUGAAAGCAGCACGGAUGACCUGCCCACUUUUUGAUACGGCUCGUUGGGUGACGAAUCUGGAGAGAGCAUAUUUCAAGAUGUGGAACCUCUAUUGCUCAGGCAGCCAACCUCAGCACUUCAAAGUGAUGGAGAACAAUGCCGAGUUCCCUUACGAUAGAUGAUAGCACUUGAAAUUGUACCUGUUGUAGAUAAUACUCUCACAUCAGAGAGUUUCAAUGCAUUAUGGUUUCUGUUGAGAUAUAGGAGAGAGAGAGAGAGAGGUAGAGGUCUAUGAGUUAUGGUUUCUGUUGAUAGAGCGGAGGAACCACAGUUUGGGUGGAUCCAGAAAAUGGGGGCCCUUUAUAUUAUGUAGAUUGUUGCGGAGUUUGUAAAGUAGGUUUUUUCUGUCCCGUCUUUACAGAAGAAAAGAAAAUCCAUUCUAGGUAUCUCAUUGUGCGCCUUAUGUUUUUCACGCCCUUUGUAUUUAAUGGUGUAAUCAUUGAUGAAUUGGCAUUUUAGGUGGCAACUGGGUGAACUUAGUGCCAAAUUUUGCAUUAUCAAA